AGGUUCAGCAAUGGCAACCUACAUACCUUUGACAAGUAAAUGCUGCAUGAGAUACAUUAAGCUAAAAUCAGAAUAAACUUUUCUUAAAUCUUGAAGCCUUACAAAUCCUCGUUUGUCUAUAAAAACAGGAUGAGCAAAGGCCACAUGAUACCACUAGUGGACAUGGCCAGGCAAUUUGCUCGGCGUGGUGUGAAGGCAACCCUUGUCACGACUCCUCUCAACGCACCUAAAUUCUCCAAAACAAUCCAAAGAGACAGAGAGCUGGGCAGUGAUAUUAGCAUCCGUACGACCGAGUUCCCUUGCAAGGAAGCUGGAUUGCCAGAUGGCUGUGAAAACUUAGCUUCUACUACUAGUACAGAAAUGACCCUGAAAUUCAUCAAAGCCCUGUACUUGUUUCAACAACCAGUUGAACAGUUCCUAGAAGAAGAUCAUCCAGAUUGUCUAAUAGCAGGCACUCUCUUCCCUUGGACUGUUGACGUUGCAGCCAAGCUGGGAAUUCCAAGACUAGUUUUCAGUGGCACCGGUUUUCUUCCUCUUUGUGCUUAUCACAGUUUGAUGGAACACAAACCUCACUUGACGGUCGAAUCUGACACAGAAGAGUUCAUCAUCCCUGGCCUUCCUCACACAAUAAAGAUGUCAAGACAACAGCUUUCUGACCAUAUAAAGGAUGAAACAGAAAACCCAAUGACUGAAAUAAUUAAAGAUGUGAUGAUAGCAGAAAUGACUAGUUAUGGAGCUAUUGUAAACAGCUUUUAUGAGCUAGAACCAAAUUAUGUAAAACAUUACAGGGAAGGGGUAGGGAGAAAAGCAUGGCACAUUGGUCCAGUUUCACUCUGCAAUAAAGACAAUGAAGAUAAAGCUCAAAGAGGACAAGAAAUCUGCUUUUCUGAGCAUCAGUGUUUAGAUUGGCUCAAUUCCAAGAAACCAAAAUCAGUCAUUUACAUCUGUUUCGGCAGCAUGUCGAUCUUUUCAUCGGCUCAGUUGCUUGAGAUAGCAAUGGCUCUUGAAGCUUCAGACCAGCAAUUUAUUUGGGUGGUGAAGCAAAAUACAACAAAUGAAGAGCAGAAUGAGUGGAUGCCAGAAGGAUUUGAGGAAAAGUUGAAGGGACGAGGUCUGAUAAUAAAAGGAUGGGCACCACAGGUGCUGAUCCUUGAUCAUGAAGCCAUUGGAGGUUUUGUCACUCACUGCGGAUGGAACUCGUCGCUGGAAGGAGUAACUGCUGGAGUUCCAAUGGUUACGUGGCCACUGUCAGCGGAGCAAUUUUUUAAUGAAAAGCUGCUCGUAGAGAUUUUAAAGAUAGGAGUUCCAGUAGGUGCUCAGGCCUGGUCGCAAAGAACAGACAGCAGAGUCCCAAUAAACAGGGAAAACAUACAGAGAGCAGUGACCAAACUGAUGGUUGGCCCGGAAGCUGAGGAUAUGCGAAGCCGUGCAGCUGCCUUAGGAAAAUUGGCUAAAAUGGCCGUGGAGAAAGGUGGAUCCUCGGACAACAGCUUGGUUUCCUUACUAGAAGAAUUGAGGAAGAAGCAAAGCAACUCCAACUGAUGGGAAUUAGUCCAUAUAUGAUCAAACUAGACUGCUAAUAAAAAUGAGUAGGUUUAUCUACUAGACAUCUUUGUAUUUGUGUAAACACAGUUCAAGAGAAUUCAACAUUAUGAGCAGGAAGGAAGACAUAAGCAAGAAGAAAAGGAAAAUAUGGAUAUGAUAAAUUCUUCAGCAUCAAAUGAAAUAUUUUAAAGAAUAUGUCCCAUCUUAUUUAAAUCAAUUCCAGGAAUAACAAAAAGUGUGUUUAAUUAUUCAAUUAUGUAUACCAUUUUAAGUAUGCAA